AUGGCUUUUGUCCCUGCUGCAUCAGAAUCCAUGUUUCCAAGCCAUGAAGAUAGCAAUCUUUUAUCCAUCACAAGGGGAGGGUUUUCGUCGUCGUGUGAUCCUCAAGACUUCCACGGUGUUUCCCAAUUCUUGAUGAGGAGAUCCAUGUCAUUUUCGGGGCUCGACCGGAGCGAGGAGGUGCCAGUGGACGACGACAUGUCGGACGAUGGAUCGCAACUCGGGGAGAAGAAAAAGAGACUGAAGCUAGAACAGGUGAAGGCACUGGAAAAAAGUUUUGAAUUAGGUAAUAAGCUUGAGCCUGAGAGGAAAAUGCAGUUGGCUAGGGCUUUAGGAUUGCAGCCUAGGCAAAUUGCUAUAUGGUUCCAGAACAGAAGAGCAAGGUGGAAAACUAAGCAAUUAGAGAGAGAUUAUGACAUUUUGAAGAGACAAUUUCAAGCUCUCAAAGCUGAUAAUGAUAACCUCAAGACUCAGAACAGAAAACUUCAAUCCGAGUUAAUGGUUCUGAAAAAUAGAGAACCAACUGGACCACCUAUUAAUCUGAACAAAGAAAAUGAGUGUUCUUGGAGCAAUGGAAGUGAAAAUAGUUGUGGCAUCAACCUAGUUACAACAAAAACAACCUCAGCUGACAGCAAAUUAUGUUCUCAUCCAAGCAACAAACUGAUUUUCCCUUCAUCAAUUGGACCCACAAGUUUAACACAACUCCACCAAAGUUCAUCAAGAGGUCCAGAUCUUCAUCAGGGCCACAACAUUGAUCAGACGGCCACUAAUGAAGGUUUUUGCAACAUGUUCAGCAGCAUUGAUGAAAACCCAGAUUUUUGGGCAUGGCCAGAACAGUAA